AUGGACCCAUUAACACCCUACUGCCGCGAGCUGGCCUCGCCAGGCAUCUUCCAAACUGUGCUAUCUAUGUACGUGCCCCAAAUCCGAAACGAACAGUCCCCCGUCACUGACGUACCAUACACUAGCCUGAUUAUCCUCGGCAUCCUCCUCUCAUAUCUCCCCCAACACAUCCGCAUCAUCUCCCGACGAAGCUCCUUCGGCAUCUCCCCAUACUUCAUUCUCUUAGGGGUAACAUCAGGGACAUCGGCAUUUGCCAAUAUCCUGGUAUUCCCAUCCACCGCACAAGAUGUCGCCUGCUGCCAGGAGAUCAGCGGGAUUGCAUGCUUCGCAGGGUUAUUGGGUGUAUUCCAGGUGGCCAUGCAAUGGCUCUGUUUCUUUUCCAUUCUUUUGCUAUUCGUGAUCUACUUCCCGCGCGCCACAUCCCCCACAGACCCAGUGGGCACCGUGUCUUCCACCUCCAGCGGUCCGACCUACCGUACUGCGCUCGUCAUAACUGGACUAUGUCUACUGCAUGCGCUUGUCACAAUCAUCAUUUCCCUGGCAGUCGAGCUGCGCCAGCCGGCCGCUGUUUCGGCCUGGGCGAACUUCCUCGGUGUUCUAGCUGCGAUCCUCGCGUCGAUUCAAUACUUUCCGCAGAUCUACACUACCUUCCGGCUGCGUUGCGUGGGGAGCUUGAGUAUCCCUAUGAUGUGUAUCCAGACACCGGGGAGUAUUAUAUGGGCUGCUAGCCUGGCUGCCCGCAAGGGCUGGAGCGGCUGGAGUAUUUGGGGAGUGUUAGUUGUCACGGCCUUCUUGCAGGGUACCUUAUUAACGAUGGCGAUCUAUUUUGAAUACUUCGGGUCCAACGAUAAGCGGGAACUUGGGCAGCCGGCUGAUCAGAAUGUGUCGCCCGAUGGAUCGGGUCCUGCUGGUGAGAGUGUCCAGCAAGAAUUUGCGAAUGAGGAGCGGCCAUCCGAGGAGACGCCGCUACUUCAGAGCUAA